UUGCAGGAGUGGAAUCUUUGGGGGACGAGAGAGGAUCAGCUCACGUGCACAUGUGAUGCCGCUGUGCGGUUUAGCGAGGCGAUGACGAAUUCGCGCUCGGUGGUCGAGACAUUGCUUCCGAAACUUGCAGCCCUGGCUGCCAUCCCGAGUCAUACAACUGUCUGUAUGACCCUACGUUCUGUAUAAAGAGGCCUACCUCUGCCUGCGAGACUUGCGACGCUGUUCUCGUCCGAUACUCAGUUCGCCAGAUCCUUACUAUUGCUUCCAAGCAUUCCAGAGCAGCAGGCCCCGCCGCCAGGACACCCGAGCCACCUUGACCCACCCUUAAGAUGCACAGCUCUGCGCCUUUGUACGUGGCCCUUGCAAGCAGCCUCUCACAGGUUGGCACUGCGCUGGGUACCAGCCCGACCGACAUCACAACCACAAUCUAUCCCGGCGCCAAUCCAUCCACUGUCUCGAGUUACGAUCUCGGUGGAUUCUGGAGCAGCUUUCUCAGCGGCCUGGGGACCGAUCAUGGGUCCUCGCACACAACCGGGGCGCCGGCAUCGACAGCCCUGGGCACGGUGACGCUGAGCGAAGCACUGUCGACCGAGUCGAUCAGCAAUCUUGUCACCAGCGGCGGCGGGCCAUCCCUCACGACGACGCUGGCGUUUUCGAAUCCUACGGGCGCGGCUGUGGCGGGCGCUGGCCAGCCAGGGGGUGGUGUUGUGAUGGGACUUGCUGGAGCUGUGGUGGUGGCUGGAGUAUUUGUGUAGUUGGAUCGGACGGAAGAGGAUGAGACGUCAAGCAGAGUAGAGCAGCUACGCUAAUCAACUCAACCCAUCCUGAU